GCGCCCGGGCGUCAGUCGGGCCGCGGCGACGGCGGCAGGAACGCGUCCGGGCGCCCCGCCUCGGGCUCCGCUCGGCUCUGGGUGUGCUCCGGAGAAGGAGGGAGAGGGCGCGGCAAGGCGAGGCGAGGCACAGGGCCGGCGGGCCGGGCGCAUGGCUUAGGACGGCCCCGGCCGCCGCGCCCCCCCAGCAUGGGGAAACUUCACUCCAAGCCGGCCGCCGUGUGCAAGCGCAGGGAGAGUCCGGAAGGUGACAGCUUCGCCGUGAGCGCCGCCUGGGCUAGGAAGGGCAUCGAGGAGUGGAUCGGGAGGCAGCGUUGUCCAGGUGGUGUCUCAGCACCCCGACAGCUGCGGUUGGCAGGCACCGUUGGCCGAGGCACCCGGGAGCUCGUGGGCGAGGUUUUCAGAGAGACCCUCAGUGAGGAGGAAGAGGAGGACUUCCGGCUGGAAGUGGCCUUGCCCCCCGAGAAGACCGAGGCACUGGGCAGUGGAGAUGAGAAGAGGAUGGAGAAAGCCAGUGAACCUUGUCCGGGCUCCAAGAAGCAGCUCAAGUUUGAGGAGCUGCAGUGUGACGUGUCUGUGGAGGAGGACAGCCGGCAGGAGUGGACUUUCACGCUGUACGACUUUGACAACAACGGCAAGGUCACCCGUGAGGACAUCACCAGCUUGCUGCACACCAUCUAUGAGGUGGUUGACUCCUCUGUCAACCACUCCCCAACAUCCAGCAAGACACUACGGGUGAAACUCACCGUGGCCCCUGAUGGCAGCCAGAGCAAGAGGAGUGUCGUCCUCCAUCCAGCUGAGCUACAGAGUACCAGGCCAAGAGCGGAGACAAAGCCUGCUGAGGAGCUACGCAGCUGGGAGAAGCAACAGCGUGCCCCACUCAGAUUCCAGGGCGACAGCCGCCUGGAGCAGGCCGGUUGCUACCACCACUACGUGGAUGAAAACAUUGAGAGGAGAAACCACUACUUAGACCUCGCCGGAAUAGAGAACUACACGUCCCAGUUUGGGCCCGGCUCCCCUUCAGUGGCUCCGAAGUCAGAACUGCCCCCGCGCACCUCCAACCCCCCUCGAUCUCGCUCCCACGAGCCGGAAGCCGUGCACGUCCCACACCGCAAGCCCCAAGGUGCGGAGACGGGUUCCCUUCACCUCCUGGACACCCCCUUCACCAAGGUCUCAGAGCUCCAGCAGCGACUUCGGGGCACCCAGGAUGGGAGCAAGCACUUUGUGAGGUCCCCCAAGGCCCAGGGCAAGAGCACAGGGGUGGGCCAUGCGGCCAGGGGGCCAAGGAGCAAGCCCCUUCCAGGAGCCGCCUCCACCAUCACCACCAUGCCCACGGUGGCCCCCUCCACCCACCUGGCCAGCAGCCCUGCCCUCUUCCCCACUCUGGCACCUCUUGGGCCCAAGAAGCACAAGCACCGAAGCAAGGAGACGCAGCAGGGCUGCCGGGGCCUGCAGGCUCCCCUGGGUGCAGGCAGCAGCAUGGUGGGGCGGGAACAUGCCAGGGAGCUGCCCGCAGUGGUGGUGUACGAGAGCCAGGCUGGGCAGACGAUCCAGAGACACGAGCACCACCAUCACCACGAACACCACCACCACUACCACCACUUCUACCAGACCUAGAGCCCCGUACAGCCCUGCGGCCACCAUAUGAAGGACCCCGCCCCCAGCACUCCCAAGGCAUUAUUAUUCUAUUAAUUAUUGUUAUUAUGAUGGUUAUUGUUAUUAAUAAUUAUUGUUACUCCACUAAUAUUUAGCUAGCCUUCAUGUAGAAGAUAUAUGGAAACACAGAACUAAACUUUUAUUUAUAUGU